UUUCUUUGCCUUGCCGUCUGGAAAUUAUAAAUAAUUUGUCUAAAUCUCAUAUAUAACAUAGAAGAACUAAGCCUCAACCUACCUAUAACCUAUCCUUUAUUUUAAUUUUUCUUUUCCCAAUAAUUAACCAUGCUUUUCAAAGCGUUACUCUUUCUUUUGCACCUUCAAGUUCUAUUGAUUCUGCCAUUGGCGGCUUCUUUUGAUGAAGAAGCUCUUGUUGCUUUCAGUUCUGCAAUAACACAUGACCCCACCAACACAAUCAUGGGCAGUAACUGGAGUAGAGGAGCCGACUUCUGUGACUGGGUUGGGGUCACUUGUAGCAAACACAGGCAGAGAGUCACGGCACUGAAUUUUUCCAGCAUGGGACUGGAAGGCAAAAUAUCACCUUAUGUUGGAAACGUAUCCUUCCUGGUUUCUCUUGAUCUUUCUAACAACAAUUUUCAUGGUCACAUACCAUAUGAGCUCGGUCGUUUGCGUAGGCUUAACACACUUUUCCUACAAAUGAAUCGCUUGGAAGGAUCGAUACCUCAGAGUUUACAUUCAUGCUUUAAGCUUGAAGAGCUUUCCCUAGCACUAAACAUGUUAAGUGGUGGCAUACCAGAGGAGUUGGGCACUUUACAAAAUCUUCAUUCCCUCUAUCUAUCUGGAAACAAUCUCAAUGGCACCAUCCCAGUUUCCAUUGGAAAUAUGUCUGCGUUAAAGAUCUUUGCGCUGCCGGAGAACGGAUUUACAGGUUCAUUUCCAGUGUUCAUGUUUAACAUCUCCUAUAUUGAAUCUUUUAAUCUCCAAAACAACAGCUUCUCUGGCUAUCUUCCAGUUGAUAUUUGUCUCCACUGGCCUAGACUUGAGAAACUAUCCCUUGCUGACAACCAAUUUGUAGGCCAAAUUCCAUCUACUUUAUACCAUUGCACAGGAUUAACAAUGUUGGAUCUCUCCAGCAAUGCAUUGAAUGGAAGCGUGCCAACAGAACUCGGGACUCUGCAGAAGCUUAAGGCGCUUUAUCUGACAAGAAAUGGCUUGACUGGUACAAUUCCAACUUCUCUGGGAAACAUUUCGAGCCUAAUGAUGUUUUCAUUGGGCGAAAACAACAUUCAUGGAGGUAUUCCUGACGAGUUUGGCAAAUUGACAAGUUUGGAUUCUCUGGAUUUGCAGGACAAUUACCUCGUUGGUCCUAUACCUCAUUCAGUCUUCAACAUUUCCUCUCUCAGAAAUCUCGCGAUUGUGAACAAUAGCAUCUCGGGAGAUCUUCCGCUUGAUACAGGGCUUUGGCUUCCGAAUCUUGAAGGGAUUUAUUUUGCGUACAAUCAAAUUGGUGGAAGCAUUCCUACUUAUUUAUCAAACUCAUCGAAAUUGGUUCGUCUGGACAUAUCCUACAACAUGUUCAUUGGACCAGUACCUUCAAGUCUGGGAAAUUUACCUCAUCUUCGCAUCCUCGGUAUACAUCACAAUAGGCUGAUCAAAGACCCUGGAUUUGAGGAGCUGAGGUUUCUUACUGCACUAACAAAUUGUCGAUUCUUCGAAAGACUGAGCAUGGGGCAUAAUCGUCUUGACGGUGUCCUACCGUAUUCCAUUGGCAAUUUUUCAGAUUCUCUACAAAUGAUUUAUGCUUCUGGAAACCAGAUAGAAGGUCAAAUUCCAGAAUCAAUCGGUGCAUUAAGAAAUUUGAAUUUAUUGGAGUUGGGAGAUAACAACCUCAAAGGAACUAUUCCACCAACCAUUGGCAAUUUGCGAAGUUUACAAAGGUUGCAGCUCGAUAACAACAAGAUUGGAGGUUCUAUCCCUGAGGAAAUUUGUAACCUAAGAAACUUGGGAGAAUUGAGACUCUCAGGUAACAGGCUCAGUGGACCUAUUCCACAUUGCAUUGGAUCACUUAAUCGCCUUCAAGAGCUAUAUCUCAGCAAUAACUCAUUGACUUCAUCAAUUCCUACAAGUUUGUGGACCCUUGAAAACAUCAUUUUCCUGGAUUUAUCAAACAAUUCCUUAGGUGGGAAUCUAUCUUCAGAAAUGAAAGUGUCGAGAGUUUUGCAAGAGAUGGAUAUUUCUAGGAAUCAAAUCACAGGUAAAAUCCCAACUAUUCUCGGUGCCUUUGAAAGCUUAAGUUUUCUUGAUCUGUCAAAAAACUCAUUGCAUGAGACUAUUCCUGAGUCACUUGGUAACUUACAAUCACUGGAGUUCUUAGAUCUCUCCUACAACAAUAUAUCUGGUCUUAUUCCCAAGUCGCUCGAGUCACUCACUCAUCUCAAACAUCUGAAUCUAUCUUACAACGAUUUAUCAGGAGAGAUCCCAAGUGGAGGAAUUUUUGUAAACAUUACGGCAGAAUCUUUUCUGGCAAAUAAGGAGCUUUGCGGAGAAUUAUUACUCAACUCUUGCUCUCGACAAAAUUCCAACAUCAAACAAAUCUUGCUUAGGUACAUUGUUCCAAUUUUUGCAGCUAUGCUGAUCUUUGUUUGUCUUCUCUGCAUACUGAGAGCAUGCAAACACAAGAACAAAAGGAGUACUUCAAGUUCUCCGGAUUCGGUACAAAUACCUGAGCACAAAAUGAUUACAUAUCAUGAACUCCGUCGCGCUACAAACGACUUCUCUGAAGCCAAUCUGCUCGGUACUGGGAGUUAUGGUUCAGUCUAUAGGGGAAUGAUUUUUGAUGGUACAAUUGUUGCUGUAAAGAUUUUGAAUCCAAAAGUAGAGGGUGCAUUCAAAAGUUUUGAAGUAGAGUGUAAAGUCUUGCGAACAACUCGACAUAAGAAUCUUGUUAAGAUCAUCACUUCUUGCUCGAAUCUUGAGUUUAGAGCUUUAAUUAUGGAGUAUAUGUCAAAUGGAAGCCUUGAGAAGUGGUUGUACUCUGAAAACUGCAACUUGAAUCUCUUUCAGCGGAUCAACAUUAUGAUUGAUGUGGCAACGGCGUUAGAUUAUCUCCAUUAUGGUCAGUCAGAGCCAGUCAUACACUGCGAUCUAAAGCCCAGCAAUAUCUUGCUAGAUCAAGACAUGGUUGCACAUGUGGGUGACUUUGGCAUUGCGAAAAUCCUGGCAAAAGCUGACAAUGCAACGCAUACCAGGACGUUAGGCACCAUUGGCUAUGUUGCACCUGAAUAUGGCUUCGAGGGACGUGUUUCUGUAAAGGGCGACAUGUACAGCUUUGGGAUAAUGAUGCUGGAAAUAGUUACUGGGAAGAAACCCACAGAUGAAAUGUUUAUCGGAGAAACGAGCUUGAGACAAUGGGUUAACGCAUCAUUUCCUAAUGGGUUACUAGAUGUUGUUGAUUGUGUUUUAAAGCCAAAGGGAAACAACACCACAUAUAUUGACAUGGUACAAGAUACUAUCUUUUCCCUCUUGGAAAUGGGUCUCGAGUGUUCAAGAGAAAUACCAGAGGAAAGGAUGGAUGUCAAGGACAUAGUUGCCACGCUGACCCAGAUCAAGCUGAAGAUUCUACGCAACCGAAGAUAUCAUUUUCUGUUUCUUGCCUCAUGAAGGAUGCAUAGAUCGAUGUUAAGGAUGCAGAAAACUACUACUUUGUCUAAUGCUAUGUGCUUCUAUGAUGGCACUAAGCUUGGCUAACAAGGACUGGCAGUUUGGGUCUAACUCCAGGAACCAUCGAUCUACUGCAUCGAAGAAGCUCGUGGUUGGAGACUCG